AGAAGAGUUCCCAAAGAUGCUGCAAUGGAUGUUGUUCAUUAUUUACUUCUAUUUCAAUAUUGUAUAGCUGUUUAUUUCGUCAAUUGUAAGCGACAAAUACACGAUGAACCAGAUUAUAGUAAAAUAGAAUAUGGUGGAAUAUUACACAAGAAAGAUACAACAGUAUCGAGUCAAGACAAGGACCUUGUAGCUGUAAUUCAGUAUUCUUACAGCUUUGUAAAGGAGAGGUUUCCGUGGUCAGUCCCAGACUUUCUCAACCAGACCAAGACAUCUGAUGUUGAGAAACUAGAGCUGGUGUACUCCAUUGAUGAAGAAAAUCCUGUUUACAAGGAAGACUUAAUGCAGCAGGGACACGAUGGUGUGUCACCACUCCACGUCAUCCUGUUUGGAUUUCUAUACAAGUUCACAUUGUACUGGGAGACUCAGAAGGAAGCCUUCGCCCACCAAUUUACAGUGUCCAUGUUUCCUAGAGAAGUUCUCAACAUGUACUCACACAUAUACUCCGAUCCCCAGUCACAUACACAAGGAACACCCCCAUCAGUAUCCUGUGAAAGUAAUCCACAACCCAUGACUAGCCAGUCAGAUGUCUUGUUACAAAGAGAGGAAGGCAGCCAUGAGUAUUUUCAUAAGGAUGCUAGCCAUUGGUUAAAGGAUUCCGAUCAAUCAUCUUGUAAGAGGGAGCCUAGUGACGGUGUCAGCUCUGACAAGAAACAUCAAUCAAAACCUGAUUUCACAGUGAUGAGCUUCAACACGUGGAACAUGAACUCUUUAUCAGGGAAAGAGAAACAUUAUGUGAAAAGAAUUCAGUAUCUUGGAGAAGUGGUGGCAAGAAGUAAACCAGAUAUUAUAGGCUUCCAGGAAGUGCGUUACGAAUACUCUAAAGGGGGACAACUCGGGCCCAGUCAAGUUCAGCACCUGGUGGACAUGUUGGAGGGCUAUCAGUUCGUAUUUCAACCUGGCCAACUACAGCCGAACAGUCUGUAUGAGGGUCGCACCGAGGAGGGCGUGGCAAUCUUUUCUAGGUUCCCGAUCAUGUCUGUCAACCACUUACUCCUCUUCAGAAACAGAAGCAAUAGUGCUGACACUCACCAGAGGGUUUGUCUCCAUGCUGUCAUCUCUCAUCCAACAGGAACACAGAUCAACAUUUUAAAUACUCACCUGUCCCUAAGCCAUGAAGCCAGGGAGAAAGCAGUUCUUGCAAUAUGGAAAUACGUUAAACAACUCCAGGGACCAGUAAUUUUCAUGGGAGAUUUGAAUGCAGAACCUGAAGAACAAGCUUUAAAAUUUUUACGAGGAGAGGUUUCCCUUGAAAAUCAACAAACAACAGGCUUUGUAGAUGUUUGGUCCGAAACCCAUGGCCAGGACACCCCUGGUCUCACCUAUAACACACUGAAACAGGACCUGUCUAAGAGAAUUGAUUAUAUCUUUAUGAAGAAGUCCAAACACAUGCAGAUUGUUGAAGUUACAACACCAGACGACGAACGGAGAGGGCACAAAGCUGCUUCUGACCAUCUACCUGUGUUUGCCAAGUUUACACUUAGCACGCCCGAAACGUGACAUUGGUUCUUCAUAGAGGUCAGACACGUGUAGCAAUCCCAACACGUGAUAUUAGUUCUCUAUACAAGUCAGACACGUGAUGUGGUUCUACAUACAAAUCAGACAAGUGAUAGAACCUUUACCAUAACAACCAUUAUCAAACCUGAAUACAAGUUUUUGGUUCUUAAUUCUUAUUGACGUUGUACAUUAAAUAAAGCUAUUAGUUGAUGACAUGUUUAAAAUUUACCACAGCAUACAUGUAUAUUGAGCAUGUCUCAAAUAUGUACUGGUUUUGCAAAUUGCUUUCAAUUCGGCAUUCCACUCUAAGGAGUAAAGUAAUACGGGGAAUGACUCUGUGAAGAGUAUCAUGAUGUUCCGUUGUUCUGUUAAGAAGUAUCAUCCCCAUUCCGGUUUUACACUAUGUCAUAUUUAAUACAUAUGAUGUUUUAUCCUAAAACUUUGUUCAGAAUCUUUUUAUUAGUUGUUAUAUUUCAUUACAAAUAAUUUAAAAUUUGUUACUGUAUGUACAAAU